CUCUGCAACACAGAUAUGUUUUGACAACAGACACUCUUCUACAGCUAACAUGGACAAUAAUUAAAUAAACGUAUCUACAAAGUUUUUUUUUUUAAAAAUGGCAGACCCAGUGGUUGAUCAAAUGACAAGGCUGAGAUUGAAAAUGUUGGAAAAGAGACUGGAGAAUGAGAGAAAUGACAACAUUGAACGAGAAGGUUCAGCGUUUUCCGCAAGAACUUAUGAUGGGCAGGCAGAUGCUUUACACAGUGCUCUGAGACGGAAGAAAAACCUCUUACAGAGAUUAAGGGAACAGCAUAUGAUGGAGGAUCUGGGAAGGCCACACACAUGGGGUGGAUCUCAUAGGCAAUAUCAUUAUCAGCCUCUUUUUGGGCCACUCCAACCUGUGCCUCCUAUUCAUUUUCACCAAAGUCUACCACCUGCACCUCCACCUGCUCAUCUCCCUCCCCCUGUCCCUCAGCCCCCUCGAAUCAUUCAACAAACUGUUCCUCAACAGCCAGCCACAAUUAUCCAGCAGUUACCACAGCAACAGCCUCUCAUAGCACAAAUCCCACCCCCACAAACUUCCCCCUACAGAUCAGGAAGUAUUAAAGAAGACAUGGUUGAGUUGAUGCUCAUGCAGAAUGCUCAGAUGCACCAGAUCAUCAUGCACAACAUGAUGCUGAAAGCUCUUCCACCAAUGGCAAUGUACCCAGGAGGAAACCCCAGUCAAGUCACACCUCUAGCCUCACAUUCAGGGCAGGACCUUCAUUCAGCAGUAAGAGGAGGAGCGGUCCAUCAUCACCAUCACUACGGCUCCCAUGUACCCCCUCUUCCUCCAAUCGGCUACUCUUUUUGGCCCUCUUUGAUGCCAGCAGGACAAGGCGGGAAUCAUCAGCCAACAAUGCAGAAUAUGAUGGGUCCUGUAACUCUGCCACCCUUAAACACAAUGGGAAUUGAUGCUGUGAACUCCAGGACCCCAGUUGGACUCUGAGUUAAACAUAAAACAAAUUGCCAAGGGCAGAUGGAUCUCUCUUCAUCUUCAAAGACAGAUGACACAUUGACAUGAAUGUUUUUUUCCCCCAGUUAUCCUACAUUUAAUUUACAACUGACAAUACAGUUACUUCAUUUUAUUAUUCUUAGGGAUUUUUUUUAUUUUAUGUGGUUGUAUGUUUUG